ACGUAAACAAGCGUGGAGACGCAUGGACUGUCAGCAGACAGAUGAAUAACUAAACUGUACGACUACUGAGUCCAUAGACUGAGCCGAUCAAACAUUUUUUAAUGUGAUGAUUUAUAAACGGCAACGGAUUCAUUUUGUACUUCAUUUUCGGCGAUAAACAGUUGUCGCAACAAACCUACGUUUUUACGGCAGCGAGGGUUGAAUUUGCUUGGACGUUUUGUGCCGUAAACCGUGUUGGUCACAGAACACAUGGGACUGAGCUGAAGCAGCGUGUGUGCAUCUGAAAUCUGUUGUCCUCGUCUCUGUUUCUCUCGGGUUAGGAUGGAGGCUAAAUCCAAAAAACCCUUUUCUCCUAAAGGUGGAAAGAAGCUGACACAGAAAGGAAAAGACUCCAUGGGGACCAAACUUGGUGGAAAACCAGGCGGUAAGCCGGGUGGUAAAAAGCCUUUCAAACCGUACAACAACUCCGAGAGGAAGGGCAGACCGGGGAAGGGAGGAGACGGCGGCAAGAGAGAACAUAAAUUCGCCUUUUCCAAAGGCGGGAAGGGGCCGCAGAAGAGGAAAAUGCCUUUUAAAGGAAAAAACAAUGAAGAAGAUGGUGGAGGUCCUGCAGCUAAGAGGAUGAAGAAAGGCGAGUUUAAGCCGAAGGAGCUGUCUGAGGAGGAGCUGAAGAAGAACAGGCAGCAGAGGAAGAAGGACCUGAAGAAGAGCCGGCAGGAGGCGGAGAGGAAGGACAUGUUCCAGAUCAUCUGCCAGUGCAAAAAAGUGUGGGGAGACCUCAGGAGGAAGAACUGCGACAACGACUUGAAGAACAAACUGAUGAAGGACCUUCACGAUCUGAUCAACGGGAAGAUCAAACAGAUGGCGUUUGCUCACGACUCCGUCCGAGUGCUGCAGUGUUUCAUCCAGUUCGGCAACCACGAGCAGAGACAGGAAGUGUUCAAUGAGCUCAAAGACGACAUCAUCGGAUUGUGUAAGUCACAGUACGGCAGACAUGUGGUGAAAAAAAUGCUGAUGUACGGGAACAAGGAGCUGGUGGCGUCUGUGAUGCAGACAUUCAAAGGUCACGUGCGACCGAUGCUCCGCCACGCCGCCGCCUCCUCCAUCAUCGAGUACGCCUACAACGACAAAGCGGUGCUCGCUCAGAGACUCAUGCUGACUGAGGAGCUGUACGGGAACACAUACACUGUCUGCAAGUCGUCAGCGUGCAACACCAUUGAGAAAGUUGCCGAGGCGAACCCAGACAAGCUGAACAACAUCAUUGACGAGAUGAAGCAGAUUCUCACACCGAUGGCCCAGAAAGAACAGGUCAUCAAACACUCUCUGGUCCACAAAGUCUUCCUGGACUUCUUCCUCUUUGCAGCCGACAAACCCAAAACCGAGAUGAUCGAGUCCAUCAGAGAGUCAGUUGUCUACAUGGCUCACACUCACGACGGAGCACGAGUGGCAAUGCACUGUCUGUGGCACGGGACGGCCAAGGACAGAAAAGUCAUCAUCAAAACUAUGAAGACGUACAUGGUGAAGUUUGCUACGGGAGAGUACGGUCACCUGGUUCUUCUGGCCAUGUUUGACUGUGUGGACGACACCAAGCUGGUCAAACAGGCUGUGCUCUCAGAGAUCUUGUUGUCUCUGGAUGAGGUCAUCGGUAAUAAAUACGGGAAGAAGGUUUUGCUGUACCUGCUGAGCCCCAGAGACCCCGCCCACCUGCUGCCUGAGAUCAUCAAGGUGCUGGAGCAGGGAGACGGGAACACACACAGUAAAAAGGACAUGGCGCUUCGGAGGAAGGAGCUGCUGGAAGUCGUCUCCCCCCCGCUGCUGGAGUAUCUCCGUGACAACGCCGGGUCCAUGGUGAUGGACAAGGCGUCCAGCGUCACCAUCAGCGACAUCCUGGCUUCAGCCUGCGGAGACCUGCGACCCGCCAUGACAGCCGUGGCUCAGCUGGCCAAUCAGGAGCUGGUUCCCGGAGGGAUCGGUGGGCAGCUUCACAUGGCCGAGCAUCCAGCAGGACACCUGGUGCUGAAGUGGCUCAUGGAGCAGGACAUGACACUGGCAGAGGCCGGCAAGGAAGAGCGGUUCGGCAGGAUCCUGGUGGACACAGUGGGAACAGACAAACUGAAGAGCUGGGUCAGAGUCAACAGAGGAGCCAUGGUGCUCUGCAGCCUCCUGAACAGCUGUGACAAGUCUGUGGCGUCUGAGGUGAAGGAGGCACUGGAGUCCAUCAAAUCAGAGCUCAGCAGCAUCAGCAACAACAAAGGAGCUGAAAUCCUGCUGGAGAAUCUCAACAAGUAAAGACUUUUUAUUACAAACAGACUGGCGACGGUGAACACAUCACCUCCUGUGCAGAAGACGCCAACAAGACUGUGAGCGUUCGUUGCCGCAAACAGGAACGCGUUCACAAAGCGGAUACAACCUGGAGAACAGUGCUGUCAUGUCCGUCCCUGAUGGAGAAAUGGAUUGUGUCUGUGAAUAAUGAAAUAAAGGUGUUUGGAGGACGAGGAAAUGCUCUGCAAAACAGGUUAAAAUGCACACAUGCCACUUGUGUGCAGGCAGCAACACAAAUAUGCAACAUAUAAUGUUCUUUGCUGUAUUUCCAACCACUGUCAACAAAACUCAACAUUCCUUUCACAAUAAAAGCUUGCAUGGUAAAAGAAGACCUGUGCAGACUUUUUCAAGAACAUCUGCUGGAAGUGUUGAGUUUCAUUGACUGUAAAAAGUGAAAACAGUUAAUUAUAUAACAGAAUAACAGUAUUUCAUUUAGAGAAGAGAACUGGUGAAUGUCAUUAUUUUGCACUGUUGGAUUCUCAACAGUGUCCCUGUGGCUCAGGCCAAACUAAAACCAUAACCAUCUGUGGCUACAUGAAUACAGCCUGAGGGAUCUCUUUUGGUACUUAACAAGGAGGCUGAAUAAAAGUCAACUGUUGUGCACCUGAGCUGUAACAUAGUGAUGUACCAAUGAAGCCUCAUGAACCAUUUUCUUUAUUUUCUCACUAGAUAGUGCUCUUGGUUUAAAGAAAAGGCUCAAGCUAUUAUAAUUGAGUGUGCUUUCAGCUCUCUGUUGAACAGAGAGCGCCAUCUAGUGGGUUCAGAAAAUAAAGAAAAUGGUCCAUGAGGCUUCAUUGGGACAUCACUACUGUAACCCUCCAACAUCAAAGCUCCAGUGACAUUGCAUUGUAUUUGAGCGAACUGGCCCUUUAAAGGGUUGGCGUCGGUGAAUACAACAGGUUCUAGCUGUCCAGUUGCCUGGACAGUUUGUGCCACAUUCAGAUUUGUUUGUAAUAUUUUCUACCUUGUGAUUUAUAAUUAUAUCAGCUGAAAAGAACACGUUUGCAAAAUAAAUAUUGUUGAAUAAAUA